GCAUCAGUUAACCGCUCAAUUUAAUAUUGAAAACUUCCAAAACAAACUUAACAAAAAUGUUUAAAUUUACUGCCAUUUUCGCCACCUUGUGCUUAAUCUCUGCUGCCAGUGCCGGUCUAGUGGCCACAACUCAUCAUGUUGUCCACGAACCCACCUUGGCUAAAGUCGGCCAUGUUGUUCAUUCUUCACCCUCGGCUGUGUCUCAUCAAAGCAUUACCCAAGUCCAUGGCAAAACCUCAAUUGUUCAUCCCGUUUUGGCUCCUGUUGUUAAGACCACCAUUCAUGCAGCCCCAUUGGUCGUCAAGACCGUUCAACCUGUCCAUACCUAUCAUGCAGCUCCCGUUGUACACUCUGUGCCAUUGGUUCACAGUUCUCCUGUAGUGUCUGUACAUCAUCAUCAUCAUUAAAUAUUUAUUAGGCAAGAUUUAGUUGAUUGUAUGUUAAAAUGAUAAUGAUUUUUGUUAAAUAAAUGUGUAAAUUGAAUCUAAA